GGAUUUAGAGUUAGAAUAGGUUAUUGUAAACAACGUGUUUUGCUGUUCGUAACACUAAAUACAUAUUGCCGAAUAAUAUUUAGAUUACCAUUAUGAGUACAUCGAGAGGAAAUGCAACAAGAACAAGGCCUCAAAAACAUCAAAACAAAAGUGCAUAUAAAAACGACUUGCACGAUAAAACUAAUAAAACUAAAUUUUUGAACAAUUUAGACGUCACGGGAGUAUGUAAACGUUGCAAAGAUAUAAUUGACUGGAAAAUUAAGUAUAAAAAAUACAAACCCUUAACAGCACCCAGAAAAUGUGUCGGGUGUGAGGAGAAAGCUAUAAAAUAUGCAUAUCACAUAUUGUGUACUAAAUGCGCAACAAAACGAAAUGUAUGUGCUAAAUGCAACACGGCUGUUGAGGCUAAUGAACCAGAAACUGAGAAAUCGCCUAAUGUCGACCUACAAGCAAUGCUGAAAGGAUUACCCGAACGAAAACGACGUACAAUUAUGCGGGCUAUUAAUAAAACAUGUGGAGACGGCAACAUGACACCAGAGAUACUAUCACAAGUUGAAGAAAUGCUGAAAGACAUGGAUAAUUUAGAUUUGGGUGAUGAUGAGGAUUUUGAUGACUUUGGUUCUGAUGAUUCUGACCAGUCUGAAGACUAAACGCAAUUAUUUUAAAUAGUGUGUUAUUUGAUAAAAUAUUACAAAUUAAAACCUUGUUGUAUUACAUA